AUGCAACAGGAUACAUCGCCUGCGGGGCCUUUGUCAAAGCGGCGACAAGUCGAGGCAACAAGCGGACAAACUCCGUACGAAGAACUGUAUCAUCUCUUGCGUACUCGCCCUCCAGCCACCGUCAACGAAAUUGUGCGCCGAGUUCGGGACGGAGUCGAUGCCCAAACUGUGGUCAGACACGUCCGAGAUGGUGAUCUAAUCACCCAGCUUUCUCUCCAGCCAGACACUCGCUGUCGAUUCACACUGCCAUUCGCUGUAGAUAUUCGUCCAUUGUUCACGCGGACGCCCAAUAUCUACCUCAAUUCGCGCCUGUUCCAAUCGCUUUUCGAAGACACAGCCAGUGAUUCCCAGCAAUCGUUGAAUCGACAUGCGAGCCAAUCCAAUCUAUACAAUGUCCCGUAUCAUGCAGCACUGAUUGUCGACGCACGUCUGCGUUCGCCAGCAUUGCGACCGUCGAGAUGGACAUCCGUCUCGAGCGAUGACGCAUUUUUGAAGAAGCUCUUGGAGGUGUACUUUCAAUUCGAGUACCCCUUCUUCUCAUUCUUCCACAAGGACAUUUUCCUGGACGACAUGAUCGCAGGAAGUGAAGAUUAUUGCUCGGGCCUAUUAGUCAACGCAAUCCUUGCAACGGCUUGUCAUGGACUCGCGACCGUGAGCGACCGAGCUGAGUUCUGGAACCCGCAGACGUGGGGAUAUCGAUUCCAAGCCGAGGCCAAUCGCCUUUGGGAGUUGGAAGUUGAUAGGAACAGGCUUACUACAAUCCAAGCUGCUGCAGUCAUGUUCAUUUCGUACUCACAAAACGCCCUGGACAAGAUAGGAAACCGUUAUUGGACCCAAGCGCUGCUCAUGGCGGAAAAGCUAGACCUCUUCUCAGAGCUGGACCCAUCGCUCGACCCGAGAUUACGUGUUACGCAGACUGUCACUGCAUGGGCUCUCUUUAACCUUCAAGCGAAAACUGCCUUCUUCUACUUUACGGGGCCGCUUCUAUCGUCACCACCGAAGGCCGAACUUCCCCAUCACCGAAUAGCUCAAAAGUUCUUUGGGGAGAUCUGGUUGCAAUAUCCACGAACACAGCUGCUGGUACCAUUGUUGUUAGGACCGACAUUUGUGGCGCUCUGCGAGUUUCACAGCAUUACACACGACGUGGCCAAGCAGGCGGUGCGGGCAAGAGAGCAAGGUACGGAGGGGACGCUUCCCAUGGACAAGGCCGCAGAGUUCUACAGGCGGUGGAAGCAAUGGCGCCAGAACCUCCCGACUCCUCUUUCGCCUGCGGUGGUUGUGCUCCCUGUCCAUCUCAUGAUGCAUAUGCAGUACCACAUUGUCGUCCGAAAGACUUUUGGCGUUAUGAUCACCCACGAGGUGAAGUUUGAUGGGCCACACGCCAGUGCCACAACACUGAAAGACUAUAUCGGAUUCAGUCCAGCGGAGCUUGUCGCACAGUCACAAAAUAGCCUCGAGAUAUUAUUACAUAUGUUCUAUCGACUCCACGGCUCAGAAUCCUGGUACACGUUCAUGAUGAAUAGCCUCUCCCACAUUGGAUUCGACACACUGGAGAAACUAAACAGGAUCACUGCAGAGGGAGCAGAAUCAGAGACAAGCAAAGAGGAAGUCAAAGCACUCCGCGGAACCCUAGUGCUAAGUGCCCAAGGGCUUUGGGAUCAGGGGCAGAACUCGUACCUGUCUGAGGUGCUAUUCUACUUCUUGCUGGAGAAGAUGCAGGACGAGGACGUGGCGUUGCUGGAACAGGGCACUGUGCGCCUUGCUGAUAGAAAACAGCGCAAGGCACUCAUGCAAACCCAAGUCUUGGCUGAGUACCCAAUCAACGUGGUGAACUUUACGGAGGACGCAAGCGAUCGCAGGAUUGAGAAGCUGGUAGAUACUAUGAGGAAUGAUGCGUCGUGA